AACAGAAGUACAUGGUGAAGAGUUGACUUUCCACAGGCGUUAUUAAUUGCAACUGUAAAGUCAGAACAUGUUCGCGAUGGAUUUCCCAGUGGACGGCUCCAGAGAGAAGGCUGUGGAGGGCAGACGAGCCGCCGAGGCUGAGCGCAAGGCCCGCAUCUUCAGCACACGGAGUCGGGUGAUGGGCGUGGAUCUGAGUACUUUGGACCAGCAGGUGGAGGAGAGGCAACUCCAACGAGACGCAGAGGGACAACGAGAAAAAGCUUUCGGGCACCUGAGAAGCAGUCAAGAUAGAGCGCAACUGGAACAAGACAGAGAAGAGCAGGAAAACCUUUCUGCAAUAAAUAGUGACCUUGCUCAGUAUUGGGCCACUCAUCAGCGAGUAGAAGAUUCCCGUGAUGCCGAUCUCAUAUGUUACCAGCAGGGGGCGUCCAAGUUCACGAUCCCAGAGGAUGAGCUGGGGCCAUCCAGUAUGCAAGUUUUCCUGGGAGAGGAUGCAGAAGCUAGCCAAAGGAGGAGGGAACAGAUAGUGACGACGGAGAGAGAGUUGCAGUUGCAGAAGGAGGACGCAGAGACGAGGCGAACGAAGGAGAAGCGUAUCGAGGAUCUCGUAAUGAAGACACUAGUGCAUCAAGACCUGAGGGCGGUUGACCUGGAAGCACAGGAAGAAGAGUGUAGGAGAGCUGUCCGCAUGGCGCUCAGCAACUACAAUCAUGCCCUGAUUUGA